CGGACUGACGGUGUGUGUGCUCGCUCUCUCCGCGCCUCUGCUGCUGCUGUGCUCCCUCUAUCUCGGUGUGCGCGUGCGCGUGUGUCCCCCCCUCUCCAAUUUCUCUCCUGUCCUGUCCACAUUGGGUGUGGAGGUGGAGGUAUGUAGCACCGGGGGAAAAAAAUAGUGGCGUUUUAUGGCACUGUUUGCUUUCCAUACCGGACUCCCCGAACCGAGCAGCAUGUAGCACCUGGAGCCGCGUUUCCCGCGACGAAAGCACCGCCUGAACGAGGAUUUUACUGGGGGUGGGUUGGGGGAUUUAUUCCUUAUUUUAGAGGAGUGUUUGUGUGUGUUUCCCCCGCCGCUCUGAACCUCCCGGUCGAUGGUCGUUGAGGAAGCUUCCAUCUUGAGAUCUACCGAGAGCACCAUGGCGAGCGACUCCCCUGCGCGGAGUCUGGACGAGAUAGACCUGUCUGCACUCCGGGAUCCAGCUGGUAUCUUUGAGCUGGUGGAGCUGGUUGGAAAUGGCACCUAUGGACAGGUCUACAAGGGUCGCCAUGUCAAAACAGGCCAGCUUGCUGCCAUCAAGGUCAUGGACGUCACAGGAGAUGAGGAGGAGGAGAUUAAAGCAGAGAUCAACAUGUUAAAGAAGUACAGCCACCACAGGAACAUCGCCACCUACUAUGGAGCUUUCGUCAAGAAAAACCCUCCGGGGAUGGAUGACCAGCUUUGGCUUGUGAUGGAGUUCUGCGGCGCCGGUUCAAUCACGGAUUUGAUCAAAAACACCAAAGGGAACUCUUUGAAGGAAGAGUGGAUUGCCUACGUCUGCAGAGAGAUCCUCAGGGGUCUGACCCACCUCCACCAGCACAAGGUCAUCCACAGAGAUAUCAAAGGACAAAAUGUGCUACUGACUGAAAACGCAGAGGUUAAACUAGUGGACUUUGGUGUAAGUGCUCAGCUGGAUCGUACGGUGGGUCGCAGGAACACGUUUAUUGGAACGCCAUACUGGAUGGCGCCUGAAGUCAUUGCGUGUGACGAGAACCCUGACGCCACAUACGACUUCAAGAGUGAUCUGUGGUCUCUCGGUAUCACAGCUAUAGAGAUGGCGGAGGGAGCACCGCCUCUCUGUGACAUGCAUCCAAUGAGAGCGCUCUUCCUCAUCCCCCGAAAUCCUGCCCCCAGACUCAAGUCUAAGAAGUGGUCGAAGAAGUUCCAGUCCUUUAUCGACAGCUGCCUGAUAAAGAGCCACAGUCAGAGGCCAAGCACGGAGCAGCUGCUCAAACACCCGUUCAUCCGAGAGCUGCCAAACGAGAGGCAGGUCCGCAUCCAGCUGAAGGACCACAUCGACCGCACCAAGAAGAGGAGGGGGGAGAGAGAUGAGACUGAGUACGAGUACAGUGGGAGUGAAGAGGAGGAGGAAGAGAGGGACGUUGGAGAGCCUAGUUCCAUCAUAAACAUCCCUGGUGAGUCCACGCUGCGGCGGGACUUCCUGCGCCUGCAGCUCGCCAACAAAGAGCGCUCGGAGCUGAUCCGGCGGCAGCAGCUGGAGCAGCAGCAGAACGAGGAGCACAAGCGUCAAUUGUUGGCCGAAAGGCAGAAACGCAUCGAGGAGCAGAAGGAGCAGAGGCGGCGGCUGGAGGAGCAACAGCGUCGGGAGCGGGACAUGAGGAAGCAGCAGGAGCGGGAGCAGAGGAGGAGGUACGAGGAGAUGGAGCAGCUCCGGAGAGAGGAGGAGAGGAGGCACGCUGAGAGAGAGCAGGAGUAUAUCCGUAGGCAGCUGGAGGAGGAACAGAGGCAGCUGGAGAUCCUGCAGCAGCAGCUCCUGCAAGAGCAGGCCUUACUGCUGGAGUACAAGAGGAAGCAGAUCGAGGAGCAGCGUCAGGCGGAGCGUCUGCAGAGGCAGCUGCAGCAGGAGCGAGCGUACCUGGUGUCUCUGCAGCAGCAGCAGCAGGAACCCGGCCGGCCCCCGCAGGACAAAAAGCAGCUAUACCACUACAAAGACCAGGCCCCCGGCCCAACGACCAACGACAAGCCGGCCUGGGCUAAGGAGGUGAUGCGUCGAGCUCAGAGCAACUCCCCUCGCAUCCCCCCCAAGAAGUACCACUCCUUCAAGGAGACGCGGAACGUCGACAUAAACGACCUCCUCCUCCUUCCCGGUUACAAACCCCGCCGCCGCAGACCCCCUUCCUACCCCGCUCACAUCAGUCCUUCUAGGGGGAACAUGAAUGUGCCUCAUAUCCGAGUCACCUGCAUCCCAGAGCCUGGGGCCCGCUGGCACAGCCCCAGCGGCAGCCUCGACCGGGGCCCCGAUUCCAGGGGCCGCAGCCCCGGGCGCAGGGUGGAGGAGCAUUAUAAGAUGAACAGACAGACUUCUCCUGCGUUGCAGCAUAAGGUCGCUAACCGGAUCUCGGACCCAUCACUGCCCCCGCGCUCUGAGUCCUUCAGCAGUGGAGGCAUCCAGCAGGCUCGCACCCCCCCCAUGCACCGCUCCGUGGAGCCACAGAUGGCCCACCUGGUGCAGGUGAAGAGUCACGGUCUUUCCGGCUCCCAGUCCCUGUACGACCCCCACGGCGUGUCCUCCUCCUCAGCGUCGCCCUCCCCUUCCCGGCCUCCCAUGCCUCGGCAGAACUCCGACCCCACAUCCGACACCCCUCCCCCCCUGCCCCUCUCCCGCCUGGCACCCCCCCUCGACAAGCUGGACCGCAGUUCAUGGCUGCGGCAGGACGACGACAUGCCCCCCAAGGUUCCUCAGAGGACGACCUCCAUCUCCCCUGCUUUAGUCAGAAAACACUCUCCUGGAAACGGACCUGGCCUUGGACACCGGGCCGGAGCCCACCCCAUACGGGCCAGCAACCCCGACCUGCGGAGGACGGACAUUUCCAUGGAUACCCCGCUGAAGACGACAAGCAGCGGCAGUUCCUCCAGCUCCAGCACCCCAAGCUCCCAUGGGGGGUCCAACGAGAGAGGUAACCCACCAGCUAAGACUGAGGGCUCGACGCAUUCUUCUUCCCAUGAGACCAAAGAGGAUGGCAGAGAGACACGACCCAGCCGGCCUGCAGACCUGACUGCUCUGGCCAAAGAGUUGCGGGAGCUUCGUCAGGGUGAGGAGACGAGCCGCCCCCAGGUCAAGGUGACGGACUACUCCUCCUCCAGCGAAGACUCCCACAGCAGUGAGGAUGAGGAGGGGGAGGGCGGUGCUAGUGAUGGGACCGUGGCCGUCAGCGACAUACCGCGCAUCAUGCCAAAUGCAGGUCAAAGUAUGCACGAGGCCUUCAGCCUGAUAGGAGGUCACAAUGACAGCCACGACGACUCAUAUGGAAACAGCUCACAGGACAGCACCCUGAUGAUGAGAGAGAAACAUGGCAGACGGAGGCGGAGCUCUGCUGCCAGCAAUGGUUUCUCCGGCAACGCCAAUCUUCCCGAUUUGGUGCAGCAAAGCCCCUCUCCCCUUGUCUCCCCUGGCGACGCCCCCGGGGCCCAAUACGGGAUGGGGAGCAGUGGAGGAUCCAAGUCUUCCUUCACUCCGUUCGUAGAUCCGAGGGUUUACGGGACCUCACCGACUGACGACGACGAUAACAUCUCUGCUUCAUCGCUGUUUGCUGACGAGCUUAUGAAGCAGGAGCAGGAGCAGGCGCGGCUCAACGAGGCCCGAAAGAUCUCUGUGGUCAACGUGAACCCGACCAACAUCCGGCCGCACAGCGAUACGCCCGAGAUCCGCAAAUACAAGAAACGCUUCAACUCUGAGAUCCUCUGUGCAGCUCUUUGGGGAGUGAAUCUGCUGGUGGGGACGGAGAAUGGCCUGAUGUUGCUGGAUCGGAGCGGUCAGGGGAAAGUUUAUAAUUUGAUUAAUCGACGGCGCUUUCAACAGAUGGACGUCCUGGAAGGACUCAACGUCCUUGUCACCAUCUCAGGAAAGAAGAACAAACUUCGAGUGUACUACCUGUCCUGGCUGAGGAACAGGAUACUACACAAUGACCCUGAAGUGGAAAAGAAACAGGGCUGGAUCACUGUCGGGGAGCUGGAGGGCUGCGUGCACUACAAAGUCGUGAAAUAUGAGAGGAUUAAGUUUUUGGUGAUUGCUCUGAAGAACGCAGUGGAGAUCUACGCCUGGGCGCCUAAACCUUACCACAAGUUUAUGGCCUUCAAGUCGUUCACUGACCUGCAGCACCGCCCUCAGCUGGUGGACCUGACGGUGGAGGAGGGUCAGAGGUUAAAGGUCAUCUAUGGCUCCAGUGUCGGCUUCCACGUCAUCGAUGUGGACUCUGGAAACCCCUACGACAUCUACAUCCCCUCACAUAUUCAGGGUCAGGUGACCCCGCACGCCAUCGUGGUGCUGCCCAAGACGGACGGUAUGGAGAUGCUGCUGUGCUACGAGGACGAGGGCGUCUACGUCAACACCUACGGACGCAUCACCAAAGACGUGGUGCUGCAGUGGGGCGAGAUGCCAACCUCCGUCGCCUACAUCCACUCCAACCAGAUCAUGGGCUGGGGAGAGAAGGCCAUUGAGAUCCGCUCCGUGGAAACGGGACACCUCGAUGGAGUUUUCAUGCACAAGCGAGCUCAGCGACUGAAGUUCCUGUCGGAGAGGAACGACAAGGUUUUCUUCGCGUCGGUGCGCUCCGGAGGAAGCAGCCAAGUCUUCUUCAUGACACUCAACAGAAGCUCCAUGAUGAACUGGUAACCUCCAACAACACGAUCCUCCUCUUCUUUGCUCUGAACAUCUGCCAACAUCAGGAGGAGUGUGUGUGUGUGUGUGUGUGUGUGUGUGUGUGUGUGUGUGUGUGUGUGUGUGUGUGUGUGUGUGUGUGUGUGUGUGUGUGUGUGUGUGUGUGUGUGUGUGUGUGUGUGUGUGUGUGUGUGUGUGUGUGUGUGUGUAUCUGUGUGUGUCUGUGUGUGUCUGUGUGUGUGUGCUGAGGAAAUCAAGAGCUGCUGAAGGGACAAAAUUGCAACUGGAUUAAACUCGCAGUAAGAACACCCUCCACCCUCUGGAGGGCGUUGCAGGUGACUCCACACACUGACAGCAGCAUUCCCUAUAAAGGACGACGACGACGACAUCUCGCCGAGUAGCCUUUGACUUCCUGUUGGAGAGAAGGGGAGCUGGGGAGAAAAUCUCUGUGUAGCACAUUACUGAUUCCUGACAGGGUGUUCACACUGCGAGCAAAAUUUCUUGCUUGUUGGUGAAGAUGCAGGUGUUCUGAAUUCAAUUAUACAGCGUUCACAGGGCUGGGUUAUAGUGAGAAAAAAACCUGCUUUCUAAGGUAGCAUCAAUAGAAGAAGAAAACUUUAAAAAUGACCAAAAUAGCAGAUGCAGCUGGUUUAAAAGUCACCAAAAUCACUUUAGAGUACAUCCACACUAGGCUGGCUAAGGUUUUUGCCACCAAACCUUAAUCGUAUUUUAUCUCCAAAAUAAAUGUGUAAAAAUACAUAAACUCUCACCAAAUGUUGAGCUAUAGACGAGCCAGAAUGAACCGUUGCAAACUGUCAUUAGAGAUCAUCUUCAAAAGAGAUUUUCUGUUCCCUAAUUGUGUUAUAUGACAAAUAAUCCUUACAACAACCUAAAGAUGCUAAUGUAGACACACGUUAUUUUCAAGCUUUUCAGUCCAAGUGUGGAUGUGCGCUGAAUCAGCAUUUUAUCACCAUAAGACCAAAUAUUGAAUUCAGAUUUAAUAUUAUAUGAUGAAAAGUAAUGACUGAAUCUUCAUGGAUGUUUUCGAGACUCACAUCUUGUAGCAAAACCUCAAAGUGUGUUUUCUUUGCGCUGUCAGAUGUUUCAUGAUAAAACACAUCACAAUCCAUAAAACCGGUGUUUCCCCUGAUCAUUGCUCUCUAUCUGUAGGAAAUGAAAGACUUUAUGACGGUGUUGCUCACAGUGUGAACACUCACUUUGAGUGCUGUUGCUGCUGCUGCUGAAACACCUUCUGUCUCUUCCCCUUUAGAAAAAAAAAGAUACAAAAAAGCAGUGGGAAAUGGGGGAUUUUAUACUUGUUGUUGAGGAUGCACGGCUUCUUUGUCCUGGUGUAUAUCUGGCAGAGGAAGGAAGGUUGUAGAUAUUGUAUUAUUGCUGCAACAGCAACACAAUAACGUCACAUCAUUUCUCACAAAAGGGACUUGGCGUAGAGCAGUUGCCAACUUCUGGACGUUUUGUUCUUCCAACUUUUUUCAAUCCCUGCUGUUCUGUGUACACUGUGUAAAUACUCACUUUGAUGUUAAGGACAGACUUUGCAAAAGCAGGUGACAAUACUGGAGAAAAAAAUAUGAAAGUCUCGCUUUUUUUUUCAUACCUCUGUAAAAUCUGUCCGUUGAGGAGUGGACUCACACAAAGGUUUUGUUUGGGUUGACACCUAAAGUUGACUCUCUUUCUGUGUAGUUCAUCACUGUUGAUUAAGUUGUGCAUUUUGCAUGGUGACAAACAUGUUUUACCUGUCGUCACUUAUUAUGAAUUGUAAGUUUAAGGCAAUACACAGACUAAAAAAGCUGGACGCUGCUGGAAGUUUUGAAACUUAGCUUCUCCUCUGUGAUUUUAUCCCAUGAGAAACGGUCAGAUAAAUCAAGAUUGUACACUGGAUUAGUAUACAUUUAUCAUUAAAUGUAUACUUUUUGUUGAUGCUCACACUUAGAGCAGCUUAUAAAAAGCGAGCAGGGGAGGCUCAGCAUCACUUUGAGGACAUUUUCUACUUUUUACCCUUUGAUGAUUGUCUCUGUAAAAGCUGAUGUUUGUGGGAUUGUGAUCAGGCUGCGAGAGAGGAAAGAUGUUCACCUUUUACUUGAUAUUUCUUUUUAUUGUUCUUUGAUCUUAAAGGAUGUUACAGGUUUUCCAUGUGCAGAAUGUUAGCAUUAAUCAGCCUGUGAAUAAAGGUCAGGGUCAGUGUGAGAGACCAUAGAUAAAAAGAUAUAUAUACUGUAAGAAUUUUCGUUUAUGAUGAUAUCUUACUGAUCAUUUUAGAGGAAGACAAAAAAUAAUAAUGUUCACUAAUGAAAGCUUAGUUGUCUUUCUACAGAAUAGAAAACAUAGCUAUAAGAAUUUCUAAAAAGAAAAAUAUACACUGUUUUUAUUGUGGUAUUAUUUGUAUUUGUAUUUCAAUUUUUGUACGUAUCAGGACUGUGAACGUAUGUACGGCUGUCAGCCUGUGAGUGUGUGUCUGUGUGUGUGAGCGUGAGUGUGUGUGUAGAUGAGCAGGUGUGUGCACAGGUGGGUGACAUGCAUGUGAGUGUACGUUUUCACCUUUUCUGAAUCACUGGAAUCAGUCAAAAAGACGACCUCAAUCUGGUAUCACACAUCUGUGAUGUUGAAAAAUCUACAAUAAAUGUCCUCUCCUUGUACAGCAACAA